GCUGGUUAAGCACAUAGUACCUGACGGCUUAUUCAGGUUCGCACGUAGCGUUACAUGAACGCUCAUUAACGUUACAAGAAUAUUUGUUUAUCUCGAGAGUAUGUAAUUUGUUGGCAUCUUUAUCAUAAACACGGAUGAUAUAAAAAUAGCCUAAAGAACAUUGCCAAAGUGUGAAAAAAUAACACUUACAUAACUAGUGUUAGUUAUUGCGAAUAAGUGAUACACGGAUUAUUUACGAACAUAGAGAAUUUUUACUCUGGGAAGAACACCAUGGCGAUGACAUUAUAUGGAUAGACUCAUACAGUCAAUAAAUGCGUUAAAACUAGAGACACUUGUGAAAUAAAAAUAGAGCUAAUAACUCCUUCGAACUUGAGGUUGAGCACUAAACAUUAGUGAUUCUCAAGAACUUUGCCAAUAGUAUGUCUUGAGAUUUUCUUAGUACGGCGUAGGAAUAACAAUACCCUAGCCAGAUGACAGCUUUUAGAACAAUACGCCGCUCUAUUCAAGUAGACACCCAAUCGCUUAUAAUAUUCCGUUUGGAAAUCACUACAUCGGAUAUUUCAUUUAAAAAUGAUCAGAAACAUAUGCUUGAAGAAUGCUGUUAUUGAUUGGCUGGGAAAUGUCUUGUUUUGGAUUACCUGAUAUGUUCGAAUUGACAUAUCUUUGCAGGAGACCAUAGCGAUGCAGAUAUGAGCCCACUCUCAAUACUGACAAGAGCCGACCAUUUACUCUAUAAUAUCAUAUAUAUUUUUAUACUAAUAUUUUAUACUGUAUUUGGAUUAUCACAAUAUGCGACGUCUAGAACGAAUUCUAACUUGGUGAUUUUUAUUCCCCAGUGUAUAGACGAUGGCAAUAUGACAACUGUGACUGAUCACUAUCGUGCUUUAACCACUAAAGCAAUUGAAAUGGGAAAAGCAUUUGCACACGGGGAAUCAGUGAAUAUAAGCGUCAAAUUCUACCCUAUGUGUUCAUUUUCUUCGGCAAUGGAAAGCCUAUCAAAAGUAUCAUCAAAAGUUAACAAUACAAGUAUGGUUUGGAUCGGACCACCCCGGACUGAGUACUGUGACAUCAUAACACGUUUUGCGGAAGACAGUAACGUCAUCCUUAUAACCCCAACUUGCCCCAAUACUCAUCCGCGUAACAAAAUAAUCCACACAAUGGUCACUGAUUCCCAAGCAGCUAAUGCUUACGCCGCGCUUUUGAACCAUUUUAAAUGGAGAAAUUAUGUAAUCGUUGCAUCUCCAGGCAGAAGAUGGAUUGAACUGUCGGGAGUUAUUCACAAAAUAUUAUCCAACGAGGGAUUCAUUGCUAAAAAGAUAAUUGAAACUGAUAGCAGAGCAGUUGAUGAUGAUAUUAUUAAAACCAUUCCAGAAAAUGUCAAAGCCACAAUACUAUGUAUGGAGGAUAGUAGAGUUAACGAAUUCAUACAAACUGCAAAGAAAAUGAAGGACAUUCUUCACGAUAUGGUGUUCUUUACAAUGCCAACUGAAUACUUGCCAAACAAUACUCAUAUAAUACCCGACGCAGCCCUAUUCAUACUUCAACCUACAGCGCCAUCUGCUGGAACCAUAUGGGAAUUUGACGAUGUUUACUACAAUGAAACAAAUCCUCAAAUGACAACUAGAGUCGACAGAAGCGUUAAUAGCGAGAAGGUGACAGGCAUAGAGGAACUUUAUUCCACGGCGGUGUAUCUCGCCGCGUAUGCAGUUAAUCUUCUUCACACAUCCGGGACAUUUGCCACUCCUGACUCAAUUAAAGAGAUGUUAACGUCCACAUAUGUCAAACGUGAUAACAGUGGUAUAUUACUCGAUGCUCACUCCGAGCGAGUGUUUGACUUCGAAUUACUUGAUUACAAUCCAAAUAUGAUGCAGUACAGUCGAGUAAUGACGAUUGGCCAUUUUGGCGACGUAACCCUAACUCCUGGGGCACACAUUGACUGGCCGAAAGGCUCACCAAUUAAAGCAGAUCGAUGUUUCAAGGGCACAGAUUGUUCCAAUGAGCUCGUUUGCUCUACUGUGGAAUAUAUUCUGAUUAUUCUGGCGUCUGUGAUGCUAACAAUUGGCGCCAUCGUCAUCUCUUUCAUAAUCAGGCGACGUAUUCACAAACGCGAGCUGUCUCGAGGUCCAAACAAAGUCCUGCUGACAGCUGACGACGUAACGUUCGUCAACAGGCGAGAACAAGGUCGUAGUUUCAGGAGCCUUCAGAGCGCCAUCUUUGAGAAGCCAGAUCUACUUAAAGGAUCGAUGCAUACGGGGUCCAUGUCAAGUCUCAGUGAAUUCGGAGAACUGGGGGAAUGCAACAAUAUUUCUGAAACUGCUCGUCUAAACGGUGACUUGGUGUAUGUAAAGGAAUUGGAUAUAAAGGGAUUCGAGGUGAAAAACAAAGCGAUGGUUUUGAUAAAACAGUUGAGAGAUAUUAGGAACGAAAAUGUAACAGCAUUCAUGGGCUGUUACAUCGACCCCCUACGACCCGCUUUCAUCGUAGAAUACUGCAGUAGGAGAAGUCUAGAGGAUGUCAUACACAACGAAGAUAUUAAACUCGACUGGAGUUUUAAAUUAUCGCUGCUCACAGACCUCGUCAGGGGAAUGCGCUACCUCCACUCAAGUCCAAUAAAGGUACAUGGCUACCUAAAGUCAGGAAAUUGCGUCAUAGAUUCCCGCUGGCAACUCAAGGUCACAGAUUUCGGGGUCAAACGUAUGCAUUCUAUCUAUCAGGUUAAACCAGAGCGACAAGCUAAAGAAUUGCUUUGGACAGCGCCUGAGUGUCUUAGGGAUCCGCUACUAAUGGAGACAGGUUCUCAGAAAGCAGACGUAUAUAGUUUUGCAAUUGUUAUGCAAGAACUCAUUCUUAGAGGUUACCCUUACUGUAUGAUGGAACUCAGUGCCGAAGAUAUAAUAAAAAAGAUCCGCAAACCCCCGCCUCUGAUUCGUCCAUCUGUAUCUCAGAAAGAGGCUCCUCCUCAGUAUAUUCAGAUUAUGAAACAGUGUUGGUGCGAGAUGUCAGAAAUGAGGCCCUCUUUUGAGCAGAUCUAUCAACAGUUCAGAGAACAGACAAAGGGAAAGAAAACAAAUAUUGUUGACACAAUGUUCAAGAUGCUGGAGAAAUACUCUACUGAUCUCGAGAAUAUCGUGAGAGAUCGAACCAUGCAGCUAGAGGAUGAAAAGAAAAAGACAGACCAGCUUCUCACACGGAUGUUACCACCAACUGUUGCCGAGAGUCUGAAAAUAGGUGAUCCUGUCGCGGCGGAACAUUUCGAUGAAGUUACCAUAUACUUUAGUGAUAUCGUUGGUUUCACAACUAUCAGUGCCAUGAGCUCUCCAAUGCAAGUCGUUGACCUUCUCAACGACCUAUAUACAAUGUUUGAUAUGCAUAUUGAUUGCCACGAUGUUUACAAGGUUGAGACAAUAGGUGAUGCUUAUAUGUGUGCAAGUGGUUUGCCAGUGCGAAACGGUAACAGGCACGCUGGGGAGAUUUCGCAUAUGGCCCUUGACUUACUUAGUGGCUGUGGUACGUUUGUUAUACGGCACAAUCCUGACAUUCCACUUAGAGUUCGAAUAGGACUACAUACAGGUCCAUGUGUGGCUGGUGUAGUAGGGCUGACUAUGCCGAGGUACUGCCUCUUUGGUGACACCGUCAACACAGCUAGUAGAAUGGAAUCAACUGGUCAACCAUCGCGUAUCCAUAUUAGUGAGUCCACCAAGCUGAAACUAGACGAACUUGGAGGUUAUGACUGCGAAUUCAGGGGAGAAGUAGAACUCAAGGGUAAGGGCAUGCACAAGACAUACUGGCUGACUGGGAUGAAUGGCUUCGACAAACCUUUGCCAAGACCAAGUGACCCAAACAUGCUAAGUAACCAUGGGUUGGCAAGUAUACUCCAAAAUGAUUCCAAUCCGACACAAACAAAAGUCAAACAAUGGGUACAACCAACGCAAUCAAAUACGUCACUUCCGGGUACAACCGACAACUUGUUAACGUGUGCAAAACCAACGAUUGAUGUUAAAUCGACUCCUUCAAAACGAGUCUCAAUAAAACUAAAGGGUGAGCACGAAGGAAGUCAUUCACGGCCAAAUGUACCCGGAAGUCUGUCAAACGAACGUAAGCACAAUAGUUUAGAUGAAAUCAACGUUAAAUUAUCAACCGCCCCACCGCGUAGCACAUGCGCAUGGAGUGACGACAUUAAACCGGAUGAUAUUGAUAUUAGUACUAUGAAGCGAAAGAGUUCGUUGAAGCAACAUGGAAUAUCACACAAAAAUAAUAGUUCCGCUGGGAGAGAACGUGCAGCGUCUGUAAAGCUAAAUAUAUUUGAUGCAAUACGUUCACCUAGUAAACUACAAAAUGGGCUUCUACAAAGGUCAAGGUCAUAUCGCACGAACAAACAUAAUGAAAGCACUGCGUGAAAAAUAUUCUUUUUAUUGUAUCACAGAUCUUUUUACAAAAUACAGUAAUGUAGUGAUCGCACCAAGUACGUAGUGGUAUGAGAGUCAUAUACAUUUUCAUAUAUUUUAGAUGUAAUAUAAUCAUUUUAUUUAUUGAAAUAAAUACAAUUAAAUAUCAAUCAUCUUUACUUAUAUAUUCUUCUUUAAUAUACAGGCUGGAAUUUAUUCAGACUUGCCACUCCUUUUCCGUUUAUAUUUUAAUGAAGAUUGGAUGCUUUAUGAAGGGUAGCAAAAGUAUUUUCGAGACAUAUCAAAAUGGACGAAUAGCAAGUCUAAGUAAAGUAUAAUUAAGUUUCCUGCGGUAGUUUGGAUGAAAUAACAUAUUAUGGUACACCACACCCUCCCCUCCAUAAUUUGGUAACCGGAAGUGCCCUUUUUGGUUUGUAUAUCAAAGCAUGUUUAUAUUUGGCGAUUUAAAAAAUCAUAAAACUUGUCACUAAAAUUCAAA